GAGCGCCGCCUCUCAGUGUCGCCAUGUCCCCGCUGAACCUGCUGCUGCUGGCCCUGGCCCUGGUGGCCGUCCCCCGCGCCCGAGGCGCCUGUCCGACGUCUGCCGAGCUCAAGAACGCCGACGGGACGCGCGUGUGCGCCAAGCUCUACGACAAGAGCGACCCCUACUACGAAAACUGCUGCGGGGGCGCCGAGCUGGCGGUGGAGCCCGGCGCUGACUUGCCCUACCUGCCCUCCAACUGGAGCAACACGGCCUCCUCGCUCGUGGUGGGCCAGCGGUGCGAGCUCACCGUGUGGUCCAUCCGCGGCAAGAAGGGAAAGACGCGCAAGUUCUCCACCGGCGCCUACCCGCGUCUGGAGGAGUACCGCCUGGGCAUCUUCGGCACCUGGUCCAACUCCAUCUCCGCGCUCUACUGCAGGUGCUACUGAUACCUUGGAGGUCCCGCUUCUGCAGCCCCCCACAGUGCUGAACCCCAAACAGCAGACCCUGCAGACCCACAACCUGACCUGGAAGGAGAGAGAGAGCUGCCUGCCCCUACCCAGCCUCCCCUGCAAUAUAGCCAUUGUGAAAUGUC